ACAAGAAGAUGGGUUAUGGCGUGGCAGAGUUAGAGCAUAGUCUAUGUCGAAUGGAAGCAAGAAAAGAAAUCUGAACUUUGUUUCCGAUGACUCAUUGAGACAAGAAAGAAAAGGAAUAAGGGAACCGAGGGAGCUCCGGGACCGACUAGAAUCAUUAACAAAAAAUGAAGAAGAGUUUAUCAAGUCAUCCGUGCCAGAAGUAGUGAAAAUUUACGAUGAUCCAACCAAAAGAGGGAUAAAUAAUGCAAAAGUUACUGCAACCGAUGAUCUAACUCGUGAAGGAGUACAAUCUAAAUUCCGUGAUUUGGAGAACCAACUUUAUGACAAUGGCAACGACAAAGUGGAAUGCAAAGAUUUCCCAGGCUUGGAACAGGCAUUGAAGAACACUGCUUGGGGGGAAAUUCCAGAGUACCUCGAAUCUAUUGCAAUUCAAAUCGAAAAAGAUCGUGGAAAAACUACUGAUGUUUUUCAUAUCGCCAUUCAAGUUCUGGUCUGCGCUGCUAUCAAAGAGAUGAAAGAUUUCUCGGUUGGGGAUUUGGAUUGGGAUACCUUGAAAAAGUGGGGCACCACACUUAAUUACGUUGAGAAAUUUGGUUUUCAAGUGAGAUUUGCUGAUAAUCUAUUGAAGAAGAAUUUGCUAGCCUAUUUUGCUGUUCAAAAUCUUCCCAAAUCGACUGCAAAAAAAUAGCUUCGCAAAAGCAAAUGGUUGUGUUGUUGUUGGCAUGCUGCUAUGUCUACAAUAGUAUUGCCUUUAAUGUGUUUGUCCUUGGACUUUGGAUUUCUAUAUGAAGUUUAUUUUGAGAUUAA